AUGCCUUCAUUCACACGGGCCAUGUCAUGCAUCCAUUCAGAGAGAAUUAGUAAGAGUAAGAGUAUUGGGCCUUUGGAACACACUAUAAAGGUAGAUCUAGAGUCCAUGCCAGCGCCACAAGAAGCCCAGGGAAAAGGCAUCACAAGCACUGAGUACCAGCUGAUCCUCUCUGCAGCCAAGGAGCUCGGUCUGCUCAACCAAGGAUACAACACACGCAAGGAAAAUUAUGACCAACUACAUUACUAUACCUACGGGUGCAAUGUUAGUGGUGCCGCUAUAGAGUUGGUGGACUACGUGAGGAAAGUUGGUUCGCUUGUCGGCAAGCUGUUGUCAGCCAAGAAUUACUUCCUAGUGAUCGAUAACCUCCAGUUGCCAAUUGAGCUUGGCAGUCUUACUCGGGUUUGCGGGUUUCCUCCGCCCACAUGGGGAAAUUCUAUGUGGCUCAUCUCACCCACUUCAAACGUUGCCUGCAAACAAAGCAAGUUGGAAGAGGAUGGAUUCAUACUCUUUAACACAUAUGAACAGGUUGUGUAUCUCACCGUCUUUGCGGUGCGUCAGUCGGCUGAGCACAUACGGAACACGAUGCGUCAAGAAAGCAUAGAGUACUGGCAUGACAUAGCCAUCAAUUGCUUCCACUACGCCAUGACAAUCUUCACCAAACAUUCACAAGUGUCAGAUGAUCUUACCUCGGAUGAGCUUAUCCACCAGUGGGCCACCCUCCUGCCACGUAUGAUAAUCAAGGAAGAAGAAUCUAACACCAUUGUCAGCAGAAGCAAGUGCUCCUCUAUGCUUCGGGUUGGUAGGGUCAUCCUUGAAGCAUUUCAGAAAUACUCUUUGUUGCAGCUGCCUUUUUCUCCCGCUAGUGAAGCUGAUGAAGCAACCAGUACCGCUGCACAAUUCUUCGCAUACCAUGGCCUCAUUGCAGAGUGCACCACAGUAGAUGAACUUGCUGACAACAAGAAGAAAUGGAUCUCCUUUUCCGGUGACCAUGGAUGGCAUGUAAGCCGGGAAUGGUUGGCGAUCCAGGAGGAAGAAACAAGGGGCACCACUGUACUUACUCUAAGAGGAUGCUCGCAACAAUCACCCAUACUUUCCAAACUGAACCAUUUCUUGCCCAAACUCUGCUUUCUUCGUGUCCUUGAUCUCUCCUACACUCCAAUAAAAUCACUCCCUUCUUCCAUCCAUUACCUCCAGAACCUUCAGUUGCUCUCACUGAGAGGCUGCCAUGAUCUAAAAAUUCUUUCUAGUUCCUCUAGAACUAGUGUCACAGACUCAACAAAAAGUACCAGUUCACCAUUGUCCACUCUAUACCAGAUUGAAAUCCUUGAUUUGAAUGGAGUUCCUUUAUCUUAUCUGACGCAAGAUGUGGCCAACCAAAAAACAAAUUUGAUACACCUCGACAUGUCCCAUUCAGAAAUAACUAAUUUUCCUUCCAAAUUUUUCGAGGACAUGUCAAAUCUUGAAGAGCUUAUUCUUGUAAACUGCUCAAACCUUGUGGAGCUACCUCCUUCCAUGGUUGCGCUAUCCAGCCUAACAACCCUUGAGAUCACAGGCACACAAAUAAAAUACUUCCCAGAGAAGAUAUUUGAAGAAAUGCAGAAGCUUCAGUUACUUAAGCUCAUUGACAACAAUAACUUGAUUUCACUCACAAGGCCAAUAUCUAGGGUCCAUGAAUUCAAAUUGGAAGGGCAUCCUAAUCUUAGAUCCUUCUCACUGAUUAGCUCACCUCACAUUCAGCUCCUGUCUUUGCACGGAUGCAGAAAACUCAAGUCUGUCGAGUUCAAGAAUCUUGGUGCUUUGGAGGAGCUUGAUUUGUCUGGUACAUCUAUCGACGAGAUCCCUGCGGAUAUCCCUAAUGGUACCCAGCUUAGGAAAUUACUACUAUUGGGGGUUCCUUGUCUGUUGCGAUUUCCCUGGCAUAUGCUAGAGCGAUUUCCAGAGGUGUUUUACUUGGAUCAGUGCACAGAAGGAAACGGUAAUCACUUUGAUCAAGUUUUACAGUUGUGUGUUAGUGACCCCAGGUUCUUCUAUAGUUUCGGAUACUCUUGUGUGGAUUUGGUAAGGGAUGGGCGAUUUUUCCAAUCUUUCUAUGUCCGAGUUGCACCAUGUAGUGAAAAUAACAGGCGGCUGCAGCAUGAUGAAGGCAUGGUUGAUGACAAGUUACGGGAGUUGGUGCAGAAUCAGUCAACAUAUGUGGAUGUACAUAACAGUUGCUACGCCGAGGAAAUUGCGGUUGCAUCGGCGAUUACAGUUCCCCUUCGCCGAACUGAGCGCCAUGUAGAGAUCACAGGGAUGCAACAACGAGCUGGUGGUUUAUUUGGUCUUCUAAAUGUCACCAAAUCAAUAUCAGUGACAUUUGAUACUUCUAUUGAUAGAUUUGAUCUGUGCAGCAAUUUUCACGAUUUGGAAGAAUGUGAGCUACGCUGGUGCCAUAAAAUGGAGGGAGUUUUCGGUGGCAUUCCAGACAUGAAAAAUCUACGAAAUGUGCAUGUUUGUAAUCUCAGAAGUCUACUUUGGUUCUGUCAACGAUACAGUAGGCUCCCCUUCAGUUCGCUAGAGCACCUGCACUUGGAGUACUGCCCAAGAUUGGAGGCUAUGAUGCCAGAUGAAGUAACACUACCAAGUCUCAAGACACUUGACAUUCUGUUCUGCUACAACCUCAAGAAAAUUUUCUAUCGGGAUACUUAUCGAGGUGACAGAAAAAAAAACCAGCUCCUCCCAAACCUUCAAAGGGUACGUCUCCAGGAGCUUCCACUGCUCCAGCAAUUCAAUGACAAGGACAUCACCAUAACAGCACCCAUGUGGAAGGAGCUCCACGUCCGGGGGUGCUGGAGCUUCCGAUGCCUCCCGCACCUACACGGUCAGCUGAAGACGGUGAAGGUGAAUGGGGAGAGGAGCUGGUGGAGCAAGCUCCGGUGGGGCUGGGGCUCGCUCUCGCACCGCGACAGCUACAAGCCCAAGCUUCCCCUGAAGUUUGCCUCCUUCGACGAGUGCGCUGGGGUGACCAGCUACCUCAGAUGAAUCAACGCAUGCUCAUCCACACAUAUAUUCAUCCAUCAAUCGGUAUGUUGAUUCUACUCGGUGUAUACCGUUCAGCACGAGUUCCUAAACACCUGUUUUGUUAACAGUGUUCACCAUACAGAUACCCAUAUUCAGUUACAAAAAUAUACAUCCAUUGCAUCCACCCUUGUGUCAUUCAUAUUUCCACAACGUACAUGUCACCUACUUAGGUACCCCUUGUGUCCAUCGAGAGUGUCCACCCCCCUCCUCGACAACGUUACAUGUGUUUCUGGCUUUCCGCAUGUAGUAUUGCCAAAUAAAAGGGCUAGUAUCCCUGGUUUCUGCCCACCGACUGACCACUUUGUUUCCUGUGAAAUCGGGUUUAUUGUUUCUUGUUCCCAAACGUACAUCUUAUUGAAGUGUGUGUUAUUCUGUACUUGCUGCUGUAUGUGUGUCGGUGUCACUUAAUUGAGUUGUAAUAAGCUACGCAGUGUUUAUGCCGGUGUGAGUAUGUUUAAUUAUAAAUUGUGGUUUGAAACGCUAAGUGA